AUGAAGGUGGAUAAUUUGAGUAGAACUUUGGGCUUUGAGGGGUGUUUUGUGGUAGAAGCUCAAGGUAGAAGUGGGGGAUUGGCGUUGCUUUGGAAGAAUGAAGAUGAAGUUUCGGUGGACACUUUUUCUGAGAAUCAUAUUGAUUGUAAAGUUUCUUUUGAAGGACAACGGGAAUUUAGAUUUACGGGGGUGUAUGGUGAGCCAAACCGGAGUCUUAGAAGGAAAACUUGGGAUCUUUUAACUACACUUCUUAGCCGCUCAACAUUGCCUUGGUGCCUUAUGGGAGACUUUAACAAUGUUCUCAAUCAAUCCGAGAAAGUGGGAGGACAACCUUAUCCGACGUGGCUUAUUGAAGGAUUUCAAGAAGCACUUCGGUUAUGUGGUUUGAGAGACAUGGAGUUGCAUGGUCAUCCUUUUACUUGGGAAAAGAGUAGGGAUUCUCCUAAUUGGAUUGAAGCUAGAUUGGAUAGGGCUUUGGUGAACAAUGAUUGGUUGAACAUCUUUCCGAUGGCCAAGCUUACUAAUCUUGAAAUUUCACCUUCGGAUCACUCUCCGUUGCUUAUGGAGCUUUGCAUGGGUUCGGCUCCCACUCAUGAAUACCGGUUCAAGUUUGAAAAUUGGUGGACGACUCACCAUGGGUGUGAAGAGAUUGUUCGAAGAUGUUGGGAGAGAAUGGGAGGCCACGGCAUUGAUGAAAAAAUUGAGGAGUGUGGCCGAGAGCUUCAUAGUUGGGGAAAAGAAGUCUUUGGGAGCUUUGCCUCUCGAAUCAAAAGCUGCAAUCGGGAAUUGAAAAGGUAUAAAAGUAGGCGGGAUGAUGAGGGGAAGCAUCUUUUUUAUAGUGCUAAGAAGGAGUUGUUUGCCAUUUUUUGUUUGCAAGAUGAUGAUGGAAUUCUGCGCCAAUGGGAUAGUGGUUUAGAUAAUGUCAUUGUUGAUUUCUAUUCUAAGCUUUUUACUGCUGAGCCUACUAGAUGGGAGGAUGUGCUGAAUUAUGUCAGUCCUUCAGUUCGGGAGGAACAUAAUGAUUUCUUGCUUCGGCCGAUUGGGGAAAAAGAGGUCAAAGAUGCGGUCUUCCAAAUGCACCCUGAUAAAUCUCCGGGACCUGAUGGUAUGAAUCCUAAAUUCUUUCAAAAAUAUUGGUCAAUUGUUGGUAAUGAUGUGAUCAAUAUUGUUAGAAUUUUUUUCUGCAAUGAGGUAAUGCCGAAUGGGAUGAAUGAUACCAAUAUUGUUCUAAUUCCCAAGAAGAAGAAACCGGAUCGAAAGAGUGAGUUGCGUCCUAUCUCUCUUUGUAAUGUUAUUGCUAAGAUAAUAACCAAGGUUCUGGCUAAUAGAAUGAAGGGCUUAUUAUCUGAGAUUAUUUCAUUGAAUCAAAGUGCUUUCAUUCCUGGGAGAUUAAUCACUGAUAACAUCAUGGUUAGCUUCGAAGUUCUGCAUUAUUUAAAGAGAAAGCAAGUGGGCAAGGAUGGGUACAUGGCGCUUAAGUUGGACUUGAGUAAGGCUUAUGACAGAGUGGAUUGGCAUUUCUUGUGUGCUAUGUUGAGACGAAUGGGCUUUGCUGAUAAAUGGGUUCGACUAAUUUUCGGGUGCCUUUCCUCGGUGCAAUAUCAGAUAGUGACAACUGGCCAUACCUUGGGGCCGAUUGUGCCAAGUAGAGGACUUCGACAGGGGGAUCCCAUAUCUCCUUACCUAUUUCUUGUUUGUGCUGAAUGUUUUUCUGCUGUCAUUCGAAGAUUUGAAGAGAAGAAAUGGAUUCAUGGAAUCAAAGUUGCUAAUGGUGCUCCGGUUGUGUCUCAUAUGUUAUUUGCUGAUGAUAGCUUCCUUUAUUGUAAAGCUACGAAUGGUGAAGUAACCCGUGUGUUGCAACUGCUUCAACUUUUUUCUAUGGCUACUGGUCAGCAAGUGAACUUUGAGAAGUCUUCAGUAUUUUUUAGUACAAACACGGCUUCAGCAACAAGACAAAUCGUUUGUGCUAGGAUGGGUAUUUCGGAGGCAGAUGAGCAUAGCAAGUACCUGGGCCUUCCUAGUAUGAUAGGAAGGAAUAAAAACUCUGUAUUCGGCUAUGUGAAGGACAAGGUGCAUAAGAGAAUUCAGACUUGGGACAACAAGUUUCUUUCUAGAGCUGGUAAAGAAGUGCUCAUCAAAUCAGUUGUUCAAGCUUUGCCUGCUUACACCAUGAAUGUUUUCCUUAUCCCUGUUGGAAUCUGCAAUGAUAUUGAGCGUGCCAUUAGUCAGUUCUGGUGGAGAUCUACUUCUAACAAGGGGAUUCAUUGGAUGAGGUGGGAUAAGCUUUCGACUCACAAAGCUAAUGGUGGCAUGGGAUUUCGGGACUUCAGAGAUUUCAAUCUUGCUUUAUUGGCUAAGCAAGGGUGGAGGCUACUCACUUGCGGUGAGAGUUUGAUGGGAAGAAUUUUUAAAGCCCGAUACUUCCCUUCGGGGGUUCGAAAGCUGGUAGGGGAUGGGUCUACAACAUACAUAUUGAAUGAUCCAUGGCUAGCCAAUGAUUUGAAUCCUUUCAUUGAGUCUCGGCACCCAGCCCUUGUGGGAAAUAUGGUUAGCUCUUUGAUGAAAAUUGACUCAUUGGAAUGGGAUGGAGAAGUUGUUUCGGAUGUUCUAAAUGAAAGAGAUCAAGCGUUGGUUUGGCAAAUUCCUCUUACAAGGAAUGUUGGCAACGAUACUUGGUAUUGGAUGAAGGAAGACAAUGGCUUGUUCACAGUUAAAAGUGCUUACGCUUUGCAACAAGUACUCAAAGGAAUCAAUACUAUGGAGCCUAAUUCGGGCUUUUGGAAAGAAUUAUGGCAGCUGAAACUUCCUCCAAAGGUGCUAGAUUUCCUAUGGCGAGUAAACUCUAAUUGUCUUCCAACGAGAUUUCAGCUUUCAACCAAACAUGUGCCCAUCGAUAUCCAGUGUCCUUUUUGUAACUCGGCUCCAGAAACCUCUCUCCAUGUCCUUGUUCGAUGCUCCUUUGCGCAAGGUUGUUGGAGUUUGUCUCAUGUUCCUACCGUGACUACUGCUGCCAUGACAUUUGCGGCCUGGUUUGAAGAGGGCCUUCGGGUGUAG